AUGACUAAUUUAUCAAAUUGUUCAAAGAUUUUAAAUACAUAUUUAAUAAUCGAUUCUGAUGAUUUAUUUUUUAAUUAUAAAAGUUGUUUUAUUAAUCUAUUGGGUACGAUUGCUAAUGCUAUUGAAGACAAUUUAAUAUCUCCAUGGAAUAUUAGUAUAAACGACACUACUCAUACAAAUACAAACACUUCUAAUCACAAUAUAUUAUCACAGUCAAUUAGGGAUAUCAUACGGCUGCUUUUGAAAUUAGAAUCCCUUGAUUCUAAACACAUUAAUGACACACUAGCCAUUUUGAGUAAAAUUUUAAACAAAAACGAAACCGCCACCGACUCAAAACUUAACUCACUCUGUAACAUAUUUAACAACGCAAGUUUGUACUCGAUUUUUGUUGAAAACAACAAGUUUGUAAAAAAAUAUAAUAAAAAAUUAAACUAUGUAAAUGUAGCCAAAUUAAUCAAUUUUGUUUACGACUUGGUCUUACUAGGAUUUUAUAACAACACAAGCGUUUUUGAAGGUUACAACUGCACAAGUAGUAAUGGCAAGGGAAUUAGCACCGACAGAAGAUUCAACAACGUUGACUUUACAAUAUGUGAACUGAUAUCAAAUAGAGUGCCUUCGAAAUGUAAAUUCAUAUUCGUAACUUCACUGCCAUCUGUUCUCGCCGAGUUCUUAACAAUUAAAGAGUUUUUGCCAGCAAUGUCGAAAUGUUGUACAAUAGUUUCGCACCUCGACGAGGUGCCACAGUCUGUUUUAAAGAGCGCAUUCGAGUCAUAUAAAAUCGUAUCGACCAAUGAUUCGUUUAUAAGUAAAGUAAAAGAACGUAACAAUUGUUCAGCAUUUCUGCAAAUGUUCAACAGUAAUCAAAAUGUAGUUAAAUCGAUGAUCAGUAGACCGAAUUACAGAAAGGUUGAUCUCCUAAGUCGUUUGGAUUCAGACGUUACUGGCACAAUAGGAUCAUAUCUGCAACUGAGCAAUAAAAUAACGCUGAUCGGGACCGUCUUCCCAGGAAAUGGACGCGGAUGGCCACUCUUAGGGAUUCCAACAGCAAACUUACGGUGUGAAAACGUACCACACCUAAUCACAGGUAACAUAGGAAUUAGUAAUGAUGUGGCAGGCGUAUACAUCGGAUACGCGUAUGUUGCAGGAAAUUCAGAGGUGGCCAGGGACCGGAAACUCGACGCAAUCGUCUCAAUCGGGUUCAACCCGCACUUCUUUGGCGAAAACUACUCAAUAGAGACGUACCUGUACCACGAGUUCAGGCACUCGCUGCUGGACCAGCAGAUACACCUCACCAUUGAGGGGUAUUUGAGAACUGACUCAAAGUUCGACUCGCUGGAAUCGCUGAUACAGGCAAUUCAGCAAGACCUACACCUGCAUAAGGCAAUUAUGGACGCCACCUGCUGA